AUCAGCAUUCUUAAAGGUUCAAUGACCCUCAGCCGAUAGCCGGUUUGGCGAGAAUAAUCUUUCGUUGAGGUCUUCCGUCAAGCCUGCCAACAAAAUCGUAUUCGCAAACUACUCACGUUUUCGGUUGAUCAAUAGCGUUUCUUGUUAUGGCGGCAUUAUAUGGGCUGUCGCGUUAACCUCAGCGAACUAGUAGGUAAAACAUAUGGACUAUACCAGACAGGUAUGUACAGCUCAGAGUGCAUGGUCCGUGGACCAUGCCAGGAUACUCCAGGUAAGUGUAUCAAGGAUAUCGAGCACCUGCUCCUUCACCGCCUUGGUGUACAUCAAGACACAUCUCUAACCGUACUUUAGAGCCUUCUUGCGGCGGGCCAAGCAAGGAUACGACGUGCUUAAGCGACCAUUGUCUUCCACGGACCUUUGAGAUCAUGAAACUAUUACACUAUGAUAGGCUGUCCGUCAAUGCGAGAUGUCGACGCACUAGCAGCGAGCGCCACCACGUUGAUGAGGAUUCUUCUUCGUUCGUCCGUCUGAAGUGGAGUUGGCGUGGGCGAGGGCAUGGACUGAGGAGGAGAUCAGUGCUUCCCCAAGAGAUGGCCCGUCAAGAUAGAGCUGCUACGCGUGCGACGCCGGUCAUGUGGGUUGUUGUAUACGGGAUUCAGCGGACAGGCGCUGCCUGAAUCGAUCUCGUGAAAUGCAGCCUUCCGGUUCUGGACUUCGAAGAGAUCCAAUCUCGGGCUUCCUUGGGGAAAGGCUGUGCUGCCACGUUGGACCGAAACUUGUCGACAGACGACACCAAGAUUCCAAGGAUCUAAUGGAAUCUUCCUUGCUCGUUAGCAAGG